GGCAGCCCCAACGCAGGAGAGGAUUUACUUCGGCAGAGCUGCUCAGUGUGUCACAGCCCACCAAGAGAGAAGGGCACUGGGAGCAAAGGACUGGACUGGCUGCAGGAGCCUGGCACAAGAGUUAAGUAUGACCCUCAACAACGUUACCAUGCGUCGCACCCACAACAGCAGCCUGCACCAGCAGCAGCAGCGAUGGAGCAUCCCUGCUGAUGGAAAGAAUCUGCUGGUCCAGAAAGACUCCAACGAGUACAACCCCCAGAAACGAUACACCAUCAGUCCUGAUGAAUAUUACAGAAGGAGCUGGUCCUCAGAGUCAUCCGACUCCGUCAUCUCCUCCGAGUCUGGCAGCAGCUGCUACCGGGUGGUGCUGAUCGGGGAGCACGGCGUGGGCAAGUCCUCGCUAGCCAACAUCUUUGCAGGGGUGCACGACAGCAUUGACAGUGACUGCGAGGUGCUGGGAGAAGACACGUAUGAAAGAACUUUGAUGGUGGAUGGGGAAAGCGCGACUGUUAUACUGCUUGACAUGUGGGAUAAUAAGCGUGAGGGAGAAUGGAUUCGAGACCACUGCAUGCAAGUGGGAGAUGCCUACUUGAUCGUCUACUCCAUCACAGACCGAGCAAGCUUUGAGAAGGCCUCUGAACUCAGAAUACAGCUCCGCAGGGCACGCCAGAAAGAAGACAUCCCCAUUAUUUUGGUUGGCAACAAAAGUGACCUUGUCAGGUGCCGAGAAGUUUCGGUGGCAGAGGGGCGAGCCUGCGCCGUGGUGUUUGACUGCAAGUUCAUUGAGACCUCAGCAGCUGUGCAGCACAACGUGAAAGAGCUGUUCGAGGGCAUCGUGCGGCAAGUCCGGCUCCGGAGGGACAGCAAGGAAAAGAAUGAGAAGAGACUGGCGCUACAGAAACGGAGAGAGAGCAUCCCCAAGAAAGCCAGGCGGUUCUGGGGCAAAAUAGUUGCCAAGAACAACAAGAACAUGGCCUUCAAACUCAAGUCCAAGUCUUGCCAUGACCUAUCAGUACUUUAAGAACACUGGACUCUGCCAGAGCUUGUGGCAUUUUGUGGACAUUGUCAAACUUUGUCAUAGUACAAUCAAUCAAUCUAUAUUAGAUUGGGCUAUCAGUGACUUAGGUUCACAGGUGUGAUUGUGAUGAUAUGUGCUGGCAUAAGAACAGCACAGCGCAUGGAAAUAUCUCUUCCUUUUUUUUUUCUUUUUUUUUUUUUUCUUUUUUUUGUCAGUAGUUUUAAAAGGAAAGUAUAGACCAGAAUGACCCAAAAUUAUGUUGGGAAUUGUUCUGGAAUACACCUGCUCUUUCUCCUCUCACCUUUGGAUAAUAGUGUAAGAACCUCAAACUCCGUAACUUGGGAAGUGAAUACUACUGUCUGUACUCUUUCUCCUUCUUACUAAUAUAUUUUUUAAAACUGUGUAAAGAAUUGAGGAACUGACUGGAGCUUGGUCCCUUGUCAGUUGGCUGGUCAGGCUUGAGCACCCACAGCUGAAAAAAAAUGCAUUUUUGUAGAAUAACCACCAAGACAUCUGUUCGGUACUUUUUCUUUAUUUUUGAGAAUUAGUUUCAGUGAGUUUACACAUCUCUUACUUUGAAAAUAUUUAAAGGAAAAAAAAUCCUAUAGUCAAACAAAUUUUCCUCUCAUGUUUUCAUAUUAUGGGUCUGUUUAAAAAUCAUAGCAAAAUUAAAAUUAAAGUGCAAGUUGUAUCAAAGUGCAUCAAGUGCAGGAUGCCAAACCUUUAAAAAUCACCUGAGCUUUUUUAUGCCACCACAUGGACUUCUUGUAU